AUGUUCAAUUUUCUAUUGGCACGGAUUAGAUUUGAGGGAGUCUUAUUGACCUGCUUUGACCAGAGGAAUGACACAUUCAAUAAUGUGCUGACACGUAGUAGCACCCUUCUACCCAAAAUUAGGGUUUGCAAUUGGCAGAUUGGGGUGAUCUUUUGUUGUGCCUGCGCCGCUUUUGAGAGACGAAGAAAACGCGACCUACUAUCGAGAGGGCAUCUUCUCUACAAUGCAAUUCUACAGAUUUGGGUUGUGCGAAGCAAAAAUAAAUGGGUUCGAAUGGAGGUUGGUUGGCUACGGUGGCUGAUUGAGACGCUUGUGAUGACCGGUUUUGGGGUUCUUGCUGUUUUUGUAAUUGUAGUUCCGAUGAUGGUCAAGGAUGGAGGAUUUGUGGUGGCUAAUGGCGACGGCGACCUUGCGGCAUGUGGUGGUUGAUGAUGAUGUUGGUUGGCGGCGUCAUGAGGAGAUGGUACAUGAUGACGGUUGAGGCGAAAACGAUGACGAGGCCCGUGGAGGUGUUGCGGCGGCGUCUUGGGCGUUGAUGGAGAAGAUGAACCGGUGGAGAUAGCACUGUGAUUGACGGCGAAACCAUGGUUGGUUGCGCGAUGUGGUGGCCGACGUCUAGGUGGUCGCUGAAGGUCACUGGGUGGAUGCCAUGGAGGAGGCGGCGGCUAGGGUUAGGAAGAGGAAUUAGGGUUUCUUCUGUGGAAGAUGGUGAUGAUGUGGCAAGGGUGGUGAUGUGGCAGCAAGUCAUUGGCUGAAUCUGUGUGUGGUGGAUUGGCGACACGUGGGAACAUCUGAUGGACUCUAGUUUAGGAGGGGUAGGAAUAGGAAACUUAGGAGGUGUAGGAGAAAAGGGUUACUGUUGGGCUUCAGUAUUGGCCUGGUUUAGAACUGAGGGGUGCAUGUAGGGAAAUCUGGGGGUGCAAGGGUAAAAACUGACUGUUUGGCCCAUCUAUACAUUAUUUAUCAAAUAAAAUCUGA